UAUACGAAAACCCGCCGCGCGUUGUCCCCACGGGACGGUCUCCCCUGUUGGAUUGCGCCGCCGCUACAAAUUUCCAGUCGAUGCUGCUGACUAUGGAGUCUAAUAAGAGAUCGUUUUCUCGAACACAACAGUGAUGGGUGAAGAAAUGAUCUGAGGUGUUCGUCGCAUUUCCUGCUCUUCUUCCUUUGAUCGAGAUAACCACCGACUUUUUCUCUGCACAAGAAAAGAUGGGUCAAGCUCAGAGCGACGAAGCAGCGUGCGUAGCGGCUUCCGAUGACCAAUCUCGAGGCGGGCCGUCGGCAUCUCCAUCUUCUGGUGCUGCUGCGACCAUGGAUUCUCUGAUUGCGGAAGCGGCAGCAUAUGGCGAUAAUGAAAAUGAGUCUCUAGAUGCGAAGGCACAGAAAGCUCUGGAAUGUCCAUGCAUAGCUGACUUGAGAAAUGGCCCAUGUGGAACCCAGUUUUCUGAAGCUUUCGUGUGCUUCUUGAAAAGCACUGCCGAAGAAAAGGGCUCGGAUUGCGUCCAUCCGUUUGUUGCUCUGCAGAAUUGUAUCAAAGCCAAUCCCGGCGCAUUCUCUAAAGAAAUUUUAGAAGGCGGUGAUGAUGAUGAUGUCAAGAAAGAGGAAGAGCUGAAGCAAGAGUACCGAAUCAUCCCUCCCACAUGGUCCCAAGAGUCGCACAAUGCGAAGUCAAAGCUUUAAUGCCUAUUCCUUUAGCAUCCCCUCUUGCUCGCACAAGGAUAUCUAGCAGUUAGAGAAAUUGUUAGUCAUUUCAUCCCAUUUAUUUAAGUAUCAUAAGAAUAUUCAUUACUAUGCAAUAGCCAAUGAUCUUCUCAUUUGAUUGUCUUAGAAUGUUCUUCAACAUCUGAGCCCGAAAGAUGCUUUGGAACAGUUUUAACCACCUGCCCAAUAUGAAGUAAUGCUUGCGUGUAAUUUGGUUA